UUUCUCGCGUUUCACAUGAUGAGGCUGUUCUCGUCAAUGUUAUUUCAUAGGUAAAUAAGUCAAAAUAAGAAGACGCGGCAUAAAAGGGAGGAAUUGUUUGCAUUUUAGUUUUAAAAUCCCUUUGACAUAAAGGGUCGGCCAAGAUGACAAACUUGGGUGUUAAGGCACUCCUCAGCUGGGUCAAUAGUAUCAAGCUGUCAAACAGAGUGGAACGGAUUGAUGAUUUACAGGAUGGGGCGGUCCUGGUGGAACUGAUUUCUGUGCUGAAAAAGGAACCAGUCCCCAGUUUAAGUAGUUCUUCUGAGGAUUGGUUUGGUCUCAUUGAAGAGUUCCUUGCAAGGGAGUGCAGGUUUAACCCAACUAAGGGCACCCCUAUUUCCUGGGACAGCAUUCGGAGGGGAAACAACCUAACAGUGGAAAUUGCAAAGGUGCUUGUGCUGCUUGUUUAUUAUGACAUGAUGAAUGAGCGUUGCACUCUCAACACACUGGAUUGUGAAGCAGAGCACGAGCUUGCCAAGCUGACCCUUUCUUUUGUGAUGGAGAGUGAGGGCUGUGUUUAUCUGAACAAAAGACUUGAGCCAUACUUGGCAAAGAAAUAUUUGUCAGUGUCCCGAGAAGUCUUUGACCAGACAGCAACCACCUCCACCUCCAGUGUGUCCUCCCCCUCCACUCACUCAGAUGAUGAUUCUCCAGUCUUCCUGCGCACACAAAAAGUCUCUUUUGUUGAUCUGGAAACAGUGGCUUCCUCCUCUGUCAGCAAGUCUCCUUUGGUGGAGGUUAUGAAUACGCCUAAAUUUCAGAUGAGAAAAAUGCAAAGGCAGAUUUUGAAGGAGAGAGAAUACAGAGAUGGUUUGGAAAAAGAGCUAGCCAACACGCUCACACUCAUGGCCCAGAAAGAAUCACAUAUCAGUCAAUUGCAGUACCGCCUAGAUAAGCUGAAAACUGCGCAAGGCGAUCAGGAGGAGACCAUCACCGAACAAAUCCGUGAGCUUGAGGCCAAAAACGACUCGUUGCAAAUGCGCCUGAAUGAGCUGCUAAAGGAAAAUAAAGAUUUGAAGAAUACCUCAGUGGACAUGGAGCGGAAAGUGGAUGAACUUACAGGAGAAAAUGGGGAACUCACCUUUCAGAUGAGAGCAGUGUGUUCCAAGCUGGCGAUCUUUGAAGCAGAAAAUGGCCAAUUGACACAAGCUCAAGCAUCUGCUGAGGAGGAGUGGAGGAACAAAACGAGCCAUUUGCAGUCUGAACUCAACCAAGCAACCACGCAAAAGGAACUCCUGUCUGAACAAAUUCAGAUCCUCCAUGGAAAGAUUUCCUGCUUGGAGGAAGAAUUAAGGAAAGCCACCAAAGAGGAAUUCGGAGAAAACAUGGGUCCUGUAAUGGAGAGAGAAAUGUUGGAGACUGAGAUUGAAAGUCUGAGGGAUGAGCUGCAGAGCACAAUUUGCUCCCUGAAACAGGCAGAAGAGCAGAUCCAAACCCUAACUCACAAGUUGGCCGAAUGUGAGGAAGAAAUAGCGCAAUAUAAAGAGUUACUUAAGCAGCAGAAAUCCCAAACUGAAGAAGUGAUUCAAGCCAAGGAUGAACUUCUGGAUAAGAUGCGUAGAGAUCUGGAGGAACAGAGGAGGGUUCUUGAACAAGAAAUUUGUGAUCUCAAACUUCAACGUGAGCAAAUUGAGCACCUGAAGACUGAGGAGGUGACCAGACUACAGCAGCACAUCACAGCUUGUGAACAGGAAUUGAUAACACUAAAAGACAUCAAGAAAGAAAACGAUGAUCUUCUACAUCAGGCAGAUGUCAAGGUGAAGGACCUUGAGAUGAAGCUUGUGGCUGCUACCGCUCUGUUAGCUGAUAAAGACCAACACAUUUCCAAGCUCCAAGAAGAGGUCGAUUUGUUUGCAGAACAAAGAAAAUCAAGCAAAGAUGAAAUUCAGGCAAAACAAGACGCACUUGAUAGAUUAUUAGAGGAGAAAUUACACGAAGAAGAACUUCUUAACAAUAAAAUCCAAACCUUAACAGUGUCUAUGGAGGACCUUAACGCGUCUCUGAAACGGGCUGAGCAGGAAACGCAACUUAAGCAGGAUCUGCUGGCUAAAACCCAGCAAGAGACCGCUCAAGAAAGGAAUAUACUUCAGCAACAAAUUUUAAGCUGUCAGGAGGAUGUGCAGAGGCUACAAGGAGAGAUUUUGGAAAGAAAUGAGCAGCUGGUUUUGGUCAACAAUGCCAACACGCAACAUUCAGAAUCUCUUCAGCAAGAGAUCAGCAGCCUAAAAGUUCAAAUAGAAAGUCUUAAUGACGCUUUGAGAAAAGCGGAGGAACAAGUUCUGACCCAGCAGGGUUUGCUUACAAAGCUGCAGGAAGAAAGCCGUCACCGGGCAGAGCUUCUGCAGCAACAGCUGUCUGCUUCUGAAGAGGAGGUAAAGGCCUUAAAGGAGUCAAUCCAGGCGAAGGAAGAUCAGAUGCUGCUCAUGAAAACCGAGAGUUCAGAGGAGUCUAACCGUCUGCACCAAGAGGUAACAGACUUGAAGACUCGUGUUGAGUGUCUUAAUUCCUCAUUGAAGACAGCUGAAGAGAACUUCCAGUCUAAGGAAAACCAGUUUGCUGAACAGCACCAACAAAGCAUUCAUCAAAUAGAAACCCUUCAAAGGCAGGUGGUUGCUUCUCAAGAUGAGAUAAAGAAGCUAGAAGCAGAGAUUGAUGCUAGAGAGGAGCAGAUGGUUCAGCUGAAGACUGAGACCUCUACUAAAUCUGUGUUACUGCAGCAGGAGAUCCAAGCUCUAAAUGAGCAGAUAAAAAGCAUCUCUGCUUCUCUGGAGACUGCUGAGAACCAAAUUAAAGCCAGAGAAGAACUCUUGACCAAGCAAGAACAGGAAAGUGCUCAGCAGAUCGAAGAACUAAGGAACCACAGAACCGUUCUUGAGGAUGAUCUGAAUCAACUAAAGCAAGACAUUAAAUCUAAAGAGGACGAAGUCCAAACAUUGAAAGCUGAUCACUGCAAAGAGUCAGGGACUCUGAAAGAUGAGAUGCAUACUCUAAAGAAUCAAGUUCAAUGUUUGAGCGACUCCCUGAAGUCUGCAACAGACCAAAUGCUGGCUAAAGAAAACCUGCUGGCUCAGAAAGAGAUGGAGAUUUCUCAGGAGAAAGAUUCACUUCAGAACAUGAGGGCAGCUUUUGAAGAAGAAACAACAAGAUUGAGGGAGGAGAUCCAGGCUAAAGAGGAACAGAUGAGUUUCUUAAAACAUCAAAGUUCAGAGCAAACUGAUUUAUUCCAUAAUGAGAUUAAAGAUUUAAAGUCUCAGGUUGAAUGUCUUAGUACCUCACUGAGGGCAGCUGAGGAGAAAUUACAGUUCAAGGAAAAUCAGUUUGUAGAGCAGCAACAACAGAGCAUUCAGCAAAUGGAGGCUGUCCGCAUGCAGAUGGCUGCGUCUGAAGACGAGGUGAAGAAGCUAAAGGCAGAGAUUGAUGCUAAAGAGGAGCAGUUAGUUCAGCUAAAGACUGAGACGUCUGGUACUUCUGGGUUACUGCAGCAGGAGAUUGAUGCUCUAAAUGAGCAGAUAAAAAGCAUCUCUGCUUCUCUGGAGACUGCUGAGAACCACGUUAGAGCCAGAGAAGAACUCUUGGCCAAGCAAGAACAGGAAAGUGCUCAGCAGAUCGAAGAACUAAGGAACCACAGAACCGUUCUUGACCAUGAGGUGAAUCAACUAAAGCAAGACAUUAAAUCUAAAGAGGAUGAAGUCCAAACAUUGAAAGCUGAUCACGGCAAAGAGUCAGAGGCACUAAACGGUGAAAUGCAAGCUCUAAAGAAUCAAAUUCAAUGUUUGAAUGAAACACUCAAGUCUGCAACAGACAAAGUGCUGGCUAAAGAAAACCUGCUGGCUCAGAAGGAGAUGGAAAUUUCCCAGCAGAGAGAUUCUCUUCAGAACCUCGUGGCCUCUUCUGGAGAGGAGAAGCAAAGACUCAGAGAAGAGGUGCAGGCCAGAGAUGAACAACUUAUUCUAUGGAAAAGUCAAAGUUCUGAACAGACCGAGGUUCUGCACCAAGAGAUAAAUGAAUUAAAGUCUCAGGUUGAAGGUCUUAGUUCCUCUCUGAGGACAGCUAAGGAGAACUUGCAGUCCAAAGAAAAUCAGCUUGCAGAAGAACAGCAACAGAGCACUCAGCACAAAGAGGCCCUUCAGAGACAAAUGGCUGCGUCUGAAGAUGAGGUGAAAAAGCUAAAAGCAGAGAUUGACGCUAAAGAGGAGCAGAUGGUUCAGCUAAAGACUGAGACGUCUACUAAAUCUGGGUUACUGCAGCAGGAGAUCGAAGCUCUAAAUGAGCAGAUAAAAAGCAUCUCUGCUUCUCUGGAGACUGCUGAGAACCAAAUUAAAGUCAGAGAAGAACUCUUGGCCAAGCAAGAACAGGAAAGUGCUCAGCAGAUCGAAGAACUAAGGAAACACAGAACCGUUCUUGACCAUGAGGUGAAUCAACUAAAGCAAGACAUCAAAUCUAAAGAGGACGAAGUCCAAACAUUGAAAGCUGAUCACUGCAAGGAGUCAGAGACUCUGAAAGACGAGAUGCAAACUCUGAAGAAUCAAGUUCAAUGUUUGAGCGACUCUCUGAAGUCUGCAACAGAUCAGGUACUGGCUAAAGAAAACCUGCUGGCUCAGAAAGAGAUGGAGAUUUCUCAGGAGAAAGAUUCACUUCAGAACAUGAGGGCAGCUUUUGAAGAAGAAACAACAAGAUUGAGAGAGGAGAUCCAGGCUAAAGAGGAACAACUUAUCAGCCUGAAAGAAGAGGGUUCCAUACAGUCAGAAAGGCUAGAGCAAGAAAUUAAAGGUUUACAAACACAGCUUGGUGAUAUGGCCAAAUCAGUGGAAACAGCUGAGGAAAAUCUUCAGACUCAGAUGGAGGUGCUAAAUAAACAGCAGCAGGACAGUGCUGGUCAGAAGGAGCUUCUCCAGGAGCGGCUGUCUGCUUCCCAGGAAGAAACCAGGAAGAUGAGAAGCGAGAUCCAAUCUAAGGAAGAGCAGAUGGAGCUGCUGAAGACUGAAAAUGCAGAGCAGGUGAACUUGUUGCGUCAAGAAAUCCAGAGUUUAAAUAAGCAGGUGGAAACUCUCCGUUCCUCAAUGAGGAGCGCAGAGGAAGAAGUCUGCUCCCGGGAAGAUCUUUUGGCUAAGCAACGUCAAGAAAACGCGGAACAGAGUCUGGAGCUCCAGAGCUUACAGGAGAAUGUCCAUCAAUUAAAAAAACAGCUGGAACAACUACACUCACACGAAGAGGAGAUCGAGAGGUUAAGAGAGUCCCAGGCUGAGAAGGGAAACGAGCUCCUUGAAGCUGAAAACAAGCUUCAGGUUCUGCAGACAGAGUUGUCAGAAGCCAAGAUGCUCAUCGCGGACAGAGACCAGCAUCUAAACACGCUGAGACAGGAACUUGAGCUUCAAGUUAACUUGUUGCAUAAAGCAAAAGGAGAAGCCGAGGCCAGGGAGGAAGUCAUGGCUGAGAUAAAAGAGGAGAACUCCAGGCAGAAGGUGGUUCUCCAAAAUGAGAUCAAGGGGCUCAAAGGAGAAUUGGAAACAAUUUCUCAAAAGCUUUGUGCUAAAGAGCAGACGUUGAUUGAAACCCAGCAAGAGUCCGAGAAGCAGGUGAGCAAUCUCCAGCAGCAGCUUUUACUGGUAAAGGCAGACCUUAACCAUCAAAAAGAGGCUCUAAUCGCAAGCCUAGGAACAAAGGACGCCAUGCAGGACUUGCAGUUGACCACGUUGAAGGAAAAAGAGGCUCUUUUUCAAGAAAAAGAAGCGCUCAUGUCCAAGCUGGUCCAAGCAGAGGUGGACCAAAAAGCUCUGGAGAACCAGAUCAAAGCCAUAAUCCUGGAGAAAGACGGACUUGCACAAGCCAACCAGGCCAUGGAGAGAGAGAGUAACGCCUCUCGUAAAUUGGAGGCCGUGCUGCAGAAAGAGGUUCAAAUUCUGAAAAUGGAGAAAGAGCAACUUUUGAAGCAGAGAGAAAAGAUGGAGGACUUUGAGCUCGUCAAGAGAGAGCUGGAACAACAACUUGCAGCAAAAACCGAGGCUGUUGACCACUACAAGGCUCAGGUGGAGCGAGCUGUGAGCCACUACAACAGCAAGAAACAACUUCUCCAGAAAAGUGAGGAGGAAAACCUGGAGCUCAAACAGGCUUUAGAGCUUAAAGACAACGAAUUCAAAGCUAUUCUCACGGAACAUAAGGUGCUCCAGCUUGACUUGGAGAAAAUCCAGACCAAUGAGAAAAGGCUCAAGGCUCAGGUGGCCAGUUUAGAGGCACAGGUGGUCUAUGCUGAUCAAGUCCUUAGAGCACAAAAUAAGAUCCAUGGUAAUGGAGGUGGUGUGACGGACUCGGCUUAUCCAGAGGGUCCCAGGACACACUCUCAUGUUGGCGCUACAGUGCAGGUGAAGAGGUCCAUGAGCUCUGACAGCCUGGAUCAAAGUUCGCUGGACGAUUCUCUGAACAGUACAAGGAAACUGUCUGCACCUGGUGAAUCGAGCACACCGCUGGUUCGAAGCUCUGAACGUUUAGCAGCCAAACGUCGGGGCCUUCAGGCAGAGUCUCUGGAAACGCUCUACUUUACCCCAAUUAACACCAGGCGGACUAAAAGGUCCAGUGACGAGUCUGACGUGGAGCUGAACUCGACCCAUAAAAAUCCAACUUCAUCUAUCAAACGACGCAGAACAACACAGGUCAUAAACAUCACCAUGUCCAAGAAAACGCCAGGCCACGGCGAGGCCGACGAGACCUUUUACAGCUUGCAUUCAGCUCGCUCACAACCAAACCUCAACGGUGCUCACUUUGCACAACCCAUGUCCAUGGAGGUGUUUAAUACACCGGCUGGAAAGGCCAGUGCUGCCAGCGAUCAGCUGAUUGGUCUUCCAGGCUACAGACGGAGCACUGUCCACACACACACUGCUAGUACCUUCUGUGUGGGAGCAGAGAACGAGCCUGAUGGUGGACCUGAGGACUGGCUGAGGAUCGCAGAGCUGCAGGCCAGGAACAAGGCCUGCCUCCCGCAUCUGAAGAGCAGCUACCCUGUGGAGUCAGAGACUGGCCAGGGCAGUGCAUUAACUUUCACAGACGAAGAGCUCCGCACUGGAGAUCCCUCUGAUACAAUCAGGCGGGCGUCCAUGAUGCCGGGCCAACUGCAGGACUCCCUGGUCUCCCAUCGCCACUCCCUCAUGGCGGCUCAGACGGGUGUUGCUACUCGUUCCCAUCGUCUGUCCUUGAUGCCCGGCCAGCUGCCUGCAAGACCAGCCCUCUCCUCUCAGCUGAAAAGCCCAAAGGGCUCCAAGCACUCUUCAUCCAGCUUGUCUGUUCACCAGACUUCUGUUGAGAAAAAGACGAGAGCCAGCUGCUUCCCUCGUCCACUCACUCCUAAAAACAAGAACGUGAGCAGCGGACCAUCCAGCACUUAUCUUCAACCUGCCCUCAGUCCUGCUGGUCGUCGGGAGUCUAUGAUGUUCACGAUUGAAAACACCCCAAAGAGCAACAACUACCUAAAGAAAGGGCUGAACAAACUGCGCAAUUCCACUCGAAAAUCCCCUGGAAAAGCUCUGAAGAAGUCUCCUUCUCAGAAAAAUGCCCGUAAGGGUCAAGAAAACUCUCCUUCAGUGAACUCUCGUGCCACAGUGGGACGAGCUGCAAAGGCCGGCAGCUUUAAGUCCCCACAGGUUGUAGCUAAUGGACAGAGGGGAUCUAAAACCACGAGCAGGUCUGCAAAGUCUCCUGGACUGACUGCUAGCGCUCGCAAGGAGCAAGUUUUAUUAAAAGAGAACAUUGUCUGAAGUCCAAGAAGGUUAUGAGGCGGAUGAAGGUUUGAGGGGCUGGUUUCCAAAGUGGAGUUCGUCAUUAUCAAGAAUCUUACUUUAUUAUAUCCAUUUUUUCUUAUCUUUUAUAUAAUCAAAGAUUUUAAUUUUGUCCGUUAGGACUUUUUUGAAAUGACCUUUUCUUAUCUGUUAAUAAAUCUUUCUGUACAAUAUUUACAUGUCUGUUGAAUAAAAAUAAACAAUAUUGUUUCAGUGUA